GUGCGUGUUUGUUUUUCAAAAAAGACAGUAAACAAUUGUUAUCUUCGUGUUGCUGUCUGUUCUUACUCGUCAGAUCGUUCAUCCUAAAUAAAAGAACAUAAAGUCCUCAAAUUCCCAUCUCCAGUGCCCCUAGCAAUCCAAUAAAUUAUGAACCAAAGUCCUGAAGUGGAGGUGACAUUCAGGCACUUCAGUGCACCACGAUGAAGAGGUUAUUCCCUCAUAAAUAGACAUGAGUGGCUAUCAAAUCAAUUCGAUAAGAAAAUGUUCUCUAAAAAACGUCGACGAAGUGGUUAUCUCAACGCCAGGAGGAGCUCCCUGCAGGUGAACCUGAGCUUCGUGUCUGAUUCAUCAGACACAAGUGACACAGAACCCAGGACAAUCCGGAAUAAUGCAGGACCAGAAAGCCUCGACAGUAACGUCAAAAGAUUGAGAGACGCAAUUUUGAGUAAAACCCAGGAGAUCUUCGAUAAUGAGAAUGACUUCUGCAAGAGAACAGCGCGAAUCCUGGGAGAGGUCCAAGGUGGUUCUGACCAAAAUGAUCAGAACCAAUCCAACAGUCAAGAGAAGCCUGUUGUCCUCCAGGAGAGUGACUCGAGUGAUUUUUUCUCGAAACCAUCAGAUAGGAGAGGUAAACUCCGUGUCAGCUCCAUCGUCAGCAGCAGCAACAACAAAAACUGCACUUCUAUCAUGUUUUCACCGAGGAAAACCAGGUCAUCUUGUCGCUCAUCAGGUAAAGAGGACACGGUGAUGGGAAAUCCUAUAAAAUGCUCGACUUUUAUGAGUCGUAACUCCAGUUUGGCGAGUGCUGGGGUCAGAAGGAUCAAUAAAUCAGAAUCUGUGACACCAAAAUCGUCGAAACCAGUCAUAAGGGAUGUGAAAUCGUGCUACAUUCCUCUUGAUAGGAUUGAGGGGUACGAGAGGAUGAAUCUCAGCAGAAAUUUGAAACAAAUUUCUAUGGAAUUGACUCCAGCUGUGGGAGAUCGUCCUGUCCCAAUUGUGAUAUCUCAACCUGCUCGUGGGGUGAAGAGUCUUAUGGAGAAGCUUCUGGAGAGAAAUCACGAGAGUUUUGGCAGUGGCAGAACCUCUUUGGAGGUCAGAACCUCCGUGGAGCCGGUCCUCAAUGAUCCGUCGAUGAGCCAAUCUCAAUCUAGUCGAUCAGUCCCAGCGAUGAGGGACAGCAGCACAGGCAGACAAAGUCUUUCAUUAAAAAAAUCAAAUAGCUCUGUGAUGAUGAUCCACCCUGCGUUGAUUCCAUCGAAAAGAAAAUCUGAAUUCAAUGAGAAGAGGAGUAUGAGUGGACGUAAUUCGUCUGGUGCAGGGAAUCGUCUGUCGUUGGAUGUCAACACUUCACUGGGAUCUCGGAGGUCAGUCAAUGAGAGCGUUGUGGAAGCCACACCAGGUCCCAUUAGUCGAUCAACUUUGAUGAAAUCACAAUCGAAAAUUAUGACUGUGUUGGAGAAGGGAUCAGUGGGUUCUGAUGGAAAAUGUGAGGACUCCCAGAUCGUAAGGAACAUAAACCCCAUUAUCAACCUCGAGCCCAUCUCUUCAACGUCUCACCACAACCUGGAAGAUACGUUUAUUCUAGACACCUCUGAAUCCCUCAAAGGCCCGAUAAUAAAGGACUCUUCAGACGAGAGUGAAGCUGAACCGGAUAAUCCCAAACCGAGAGAAAGUAUCUACGAGGACUCGUCGGACGACGAGAGAAGUGAAAAGGAAGACAAUGUAUCAUCGAAAAAAAAACAAUGCAGAAAGAGAAAGUUAUUUACUCAGUUGAAUGACUCGGGUUUGAUAUCACUAAGUCCCAUGGAAAGGGCAGAGCCAUCCCCCAGGACUCCAGUGGUGCCAGUAGAAAAGAAAAGACGAAAAGUUCAAAAAAUUCUUAUAAAAAAUUAUCAAACUCAGGCAGAAAGAGUGACACAAACGCAGAAACGACUGGUGAUUAAAACUCAAGUGAAACAUCCAAAGAGACUUGAGGAUAAGGAAGCUGAGAAAAAGAAGAAGCGAAAAAUAAGGAGCAAAAAGUUGGUCGUGAAGAAGAGAAUGAAUCCAGAUGUACUUCGACUUUUGAAUGAGGUCGCAGGUGAGGGCUUUGAUAAUUCAGAGCCAAGUAGAGAUUCUUUGAACGACUUCACAGACAACAAACGAAUAGCAACAAAGGGGAGACAUCAUUCUAAGUGUAUUUAUAUCGUAACAACAGGAUUGUGCAACGGUGAUAAGGAUUUAGUGAAAGAUGCUGUGAAGAAAAUAGGAGGAGCCAGGAUAGAGCCAUCAGUGACACGUCAAACAACUCAUGUUGUCACCACCGGAGUUCGUACGAUUAAUUUACUCAGGGGAAUAAUCAGGGGCUGUUGGCUUGUGAACAAGGACUGGCUGAAGAAAUCGAUCCGAGAGAGAACGUGGCAGAGCCCUGAGAACUACGAGGUCGAUCAUUUUUCAAAAGCUGUGCAGGAGAACAGGAGGGACAAGGAAAUUUUUGGAAGGUCUUAUGUACCGGAGUUAUUUGCAACAUGUGGACUUAUUUAUAUUGACGGUGCAACGGCACCGCCGAGGGAGGUUCUCAAGGAGUUGAUAAAAACAGCUGGAGGGAGAAUUAUCGAAAAUUCUCAGAAAGCCAAAAUAAUCAUUGGAUCCCAGGGAUUACGAGAGGUCUGGGUAUUGGAUUCGAUAACAACUGGUCAACUUCAACCGCUCGAUGAUUAUCGACGUUAGUAAUCAUGAUUUCAUCUUAUGGUGAACUUUGAGAAUGUCCUCGACGAAUUUUGUUGUGUUCAUCCCCCAGAUGAGUCCCAAAGGGUUAAAAAAAUGUUUCCCAUUUGGAAAAAUUCCCAUAAAUUUUAUAUUCUUCAAACCAUCCCCUGUGGGGAAGAAAAAUAGUGGGUAAAUUUAGCACCCACUUCGUAAAAGGAUUUGGGCCUCAUCUAGUGGAGUGAAGGGGAGUGAAAGUCAGCUCGAGGCAUUGCCAAGGGACACCUUAUUGUAUAUACCAAAAAUAUUUAUUCAAAAUUCUUUUAAUAUUUAGCAAUGAAUAUUGAACGAAUAAAAAUCUAUUUAACC